UGCUAUUCAGUGUACGUGGAUUUACAGAUAACGGUCCAAACACAAUUCAGUCUGGAAUUCCAUCAGAAGCGUCAACUAAAGCGACCCAGGCAUUCGUCAGAAAGAGCUAGCCAGCGACUCAAUUAGAUGUGCCUGCUGCGCAUCCAGAGCUGAUAAACUUGAGUCCACCCAAUUUCUGCCUUUGACCUGUGUCCGGUCGGUCGAUUGUAAUAUAUUAUUGAUAUUAUGGCCCAUACCCGCUGCCCCAGCGACGGCCUAUUGGCCCGUGUGAACUUUCCACUAUAUGCCGUGGACAUGCUUACCAGCCGCCACAUACUAGUGGCCGGAGGCGGUGGUUCCAGCAAGACGGGAGUGGCGAACGGCUUUGAGAUCUACGAACUGUACCACAACGGGACCCACUUCUGCGCGAAGGAGGUGCUACGCCACGAGACGGGCACAAACGUAGUUAUGAACUUUGCCCUGUGCAUCGGUGGCAGGAGGGGCUACUUGUGCGCCGGCCAGGAGGCGCACUGCCAAAUGUACUAUAUUCAGCCGCGCGUUUUGUCUGAGGUUAAGGAGCAUGGAAACGAAGUCAGCGACGAAAAGCCCGCCCCGGCAGACCGGUCCCACGGGAAAGGCAAUUUGCGACAGCGAAACGCCCACUCGGGAGUGGAGUCAGUAACCAACGGGCAUAAGCACCCCAUCUCAACCGCCGACAUAUUGCGGCAGUCCCAGCAGUUGCUCUUCGACGUUCAAGCGGCGGAUGUGGUGCAGACUGACUUCCUCAAGGGCGCUGAGCCUCUGCAGCGAGUGGUGCGCAUUAGUGGUAACGGUCAGCUAAUGGCCACUGGCGGCACCGACGGACACCUGCGGGUAUGGGCUUUCCCCCAGAUGACCUUAGUCGCCAAGUUGGCAGCGCACAGCAAGGAGAUCGACGACCUGGACUUUAGCCCCGACAGCAAGGUCAUAAUCAGCAUCUCCAAGGAUGCCCAGGGUCUAGUAUGGGAACUGGCCAGUGGCCAUAUUCAACACAAGCUGCAGUGGAAAGCGCCCGAGGGGGACAAGUACCUGUUCAAGCGGUGCCGCUAUGGGACUGUGGAAGCGCAGAAGAACAACUAUCGCCUCUUUACCAUUGCAAAUCCACUGGGCAAGGUGGGCAAGCAGCGUGGAUUCCUGCAGCACUGGGACUGUGCAAGCGGGAAACUUCGUCAGGCUGUUGCCAUCGAAGAAAGCUUGUCAUCCCUGGCGGUGCGGGACGACGGUCGGUUCGUGGCUGUCGGCACGAUGUUCUCAGGAAGCGUUUUCAUGUACAUAGCAUUUAGUUUGCAGCGCGUGCUUCACAUUCCCAAUGCACACUCCAUGUUCGUAACGGGUAUACAGUUUCUGCCUAUAACAAACGAGGCGGGACCGCCAAUCUCCAGCGACACAGAGGCAGCCGUUCUUUCCAUUUCCGUGGACAACAAAGUCUGCAUACACAGUCUGCCCCAAAGGCGUAUAAUCCCCGCCUGGAUGGCUAUUGCCUUUUUGAUCGUCAUGAUUUUUGCCGUUUUUGUGCUAUGCUCCUAUAUUGGCAUCUGAUGUUCAAUGGUCCUAAGAGAGUUAAUCAACAUGCAUUAUUAGUUUGUAAUCAAGGAUUAGUUUAACAUGCUUCACGUCGCUCCCGCCAUCAUUUUAAUUAUUUAAUUUGCAAAUGUUUUUUUUAUAUUAAAAUUUCGAUUGUAAAAACGA